UCCUUUUUAUUUUUAUGUACGUUCAUUCUUCUUCAAGAAUCGCUGCUGAAAAAUCUCCUUCUCUUUCUCUCUCUGUGUGUUUGCUGAAGACUCGAGAUUCAAUAGGUUCGUUAACUAAGUUAGAUUGUAGACCAUCUGUUGCUGGCGCAUGGAAAGCAACGUGAGACAUUCUUACAAGUUGUGAUUGGUAAGAUUUGUUCGUUUCGUUGCAAUUUAAGAUGAAACGUAUAGCAGAGUUUUUGGGUUAUAAUUUGUAUGUUUGGAUAUUUGGAUUCUGUCAUCUAAAUAACUUUACCAUAUGUCCUGCCAAACUUUAUUCAUUAAAAUUAAAAAUUCCCAACUUAUUGUCGUAAUAUGAGUGCUGGUAUGUGUCGUUGUUAGCCUUCUAACUGAUAUGAUCAAGGUUGAACAUAUGGGCGUUUCUCCAUCACGAGCAAAGAGUAAAAAAGAAAACCAUUGUUGCCCUGAAGAAAGUACAUCACAGCAGGCCCAUGAAUUUGGUAGUGAAUAUUUACAUUCUGAACUUUCAGAAAAUAAACAUCGCUGUGGCUGUGCAGUAACACAAAAUGAAUCAGCAGAAAUUGCCACCUGUGUGUCUAGCUCUGCCAUUCAUGAACCAUCUUCUGAGUAUGUGGCUAAGAAUUCUUCACCUGAACAUUUGGGACUGCUUCCUAAAGGUGCGAGUGGCCAUGAUCAUACCGAUAAAAGUUUUUACCCUCAAGAAACUGUAUCUGGAAAGACACAUAAGUAUUGUUCUCAAUAUGUAAACAAGGAAACAUCGGAAAAUAAGAAUCAACCUAGUUCUGAAAUUGUUCAAAAUGAACUUGAAGAAGCCUGUACUUUCGUUUGUGGCCUUCCUGCUAAACAUUUGCAACCAUUUUCUGAAGAUUUGUCCAAGAAUGCUAUUACUGAAGGUUUAGGGUUACCGCCAGAUGAUUCAAGCAAGUGCAACCAGACUGAUAAACUUUCAUGUCCCCAGCUUGAUAGUUCAGAGCCAACAGUUGACUUUGGUUCUGGAAACAUGCGAAAGAAACUUUGUGAACCACUAGAGCAGCGACAAGAGCUUGACUCUAAAGGUUUACCAAAUGGUAUAGAAAAGAGUACUACUGCAGUAUCUAGUAAUGUUUUUAAUCAAAUAUUGCAACUGAAUCCUGAAGAUAUGAACAAGAGCCAUUGUAGCAGACAUUUACAAUCACCUCCUGAAGGUGCAAGCAGUGUUAUUCAGACUAGUAAAAGUUCUCCUGUUGAACCUUUACGAUUGCUUCAAGAAUUUGCUGCAGGGAAUCCUAGCAUUCAACAACCAAGUUUCCAUAUUGAAGACAUGGCCAAAAAUUCUGGUGCAGAACAGCAUGAGAUAAUGCCUAAGAAUUUACUCAAGAAUUCUGGCCGAUGCAGGGAUGGAAAAACUUCAAAAAGAAUGAAGAAAAAAUAUAUGCUUAGAUCUUUGACAAGCAGUGAUAGGAUUUUGCGCUCAAAAUCACAAGACAAACCUAAAGCUACUGAGUCAAGCAAUAUUUUGGCUGAUGUUGGUUCUAGUGAGCAGCAAAAAAGGAGGAAGAGGAAAAAGAGGAAGGCAAAGAGAGAAGUUGCUGAUGAAUAUUCUAGAAUCAGGGCACAUCUUAGGUAUUUAUUGAAUCGAAUGAACUAUGAGCAGAGUCUGAUUGCUGUGUAUUCUGCAGAAGGCUGGAAGGGUCUAAGCCUAGAAAAGUUAAAGCCAGAGAAGGAGCUUCAACGUGCUACAUCUGAAAUUCUUCGACUCAAAUUGAAAAUUAGAGAUCUAUUUCAACGUAUUGAUUCACUAUGUGCUGAAGGAAGGCUUCCAGAAUCUUUAUUCGAUUCUGAGGGACAAAUUGACAGUGAAGAUAUAUUCUGUGCAAAAUGUGGGUCCAAGGACCUAUCUUCCAACAAUGAUAUCAUUCUAUGUGAUGGUGCUUGUGACUGUGGAUUCCAUCAAUAUUGCUUGCAGCCGCCUUUGUUAAAAGAAGACAUUCCUCCAGAUCAUGAGGGUUGGUUAUGCCCCAGAUGCGAUUGCAAAGUUGAUUGCAUUGAAUUGGUUAAUGAAUCUCAAGGAACAAGUUUUUCUCUCACAGACAGUUGGGAGAAGGUCUUUCCUGAGGCAGCAGUAGCUGCAGGUGGACAAAAUCAGGAUCCUAACUUUGGACUACCUUCAGAUGAUUCUGACGAUAAUGAUUAUAAUCCUGAUAGUUCAGAAACCGAUGAGAAGGAUUGGGGAGAUGAGUCAAGUUCUGAUGAAUCUGAUUUCACUUCUACAUCCGAGGAAUUGGAAGCCCCAGCUAAGGUCAACCCAUAUUUGGAGCUUCGGUCUGAUGAUUCAGAGGAUGAUGAUUAUGAUCCUAAUGGUCCAGAUCAUGAUAAUGCGGUUAAGCCGGAAAGUUCAAGUUCAGAUUUUACAUCUGAUUCUGAGGAUCUUGGUGCUAUGUUAGAAGAUAAUAUUUCUUCUCAAAAAGAAGAAGGUGCAGUGUUUAUCAAUGCUUCCAGAGAUUCCAAGAGACAAAAACCUAAACUCGGUGGAAGGGAGUCUUUGAAUGAUGAGCUGUUAUCAGUAAUGGAAUCAGCUUCAGAACAAGAUGGUGCUGCUGCUUCCAAGAAACGAAGCAUCGAAAGGUUGGACUACAAAAGGUUAUAUGAUGAGACAUAUGGCAGUGUUUCUUCUAGUUCCAGUGAUGAUGACUAUUGGAAUGAUGCCACUGCUCUAAGAAAAAGGAAGAAAUGUGCUGCUGAAGCAGCUUCAGCAGCAGCAGCAAAUGGAAAUGUUUCUGUCAGUAGGAGUGUGUCAGUUUCGGAUGGUUUAAAGCUGUAUCCUGAAGGGACUGAGCAUAAACCUAGGAGAAAAACUCGCCAGAAGUCAAACUUAAAGGAUACAGAUUUAUCACCUGCUGAGUUACAGGUGGGCACUUCUGUAUCUGGUUCAAGUGGUAAAAAAGUGGGUUCAUCAACAUAUAGAAGACUAGGGGAAGCUGUAAAGCAGAGACUUCAUAGUUCUUUCAAGGAAAAUCAGUAUCCUGACCGAGCCACGAAAGAGAGUUUGGCUAAAGAGCUAGAAAUGACUUUCCAACAGGUUAGCAAAUGGUUUGAAAAUGCUCGCUGGAGCUUCAACAAUUCACCAUCUAUUAACGAAACCACAGCCAAAAAGGUUUCAGAAAAUGACAUUACCUCGGCUCGUCCAAAGAAAAAUUGUAAGAUGGUGACGGAGAAAGAUAAAUCGAAAUGUUGAAAUGGGGGAUCCAGGCAGCGAUUUAGAUUCAAAAUCUUGAUCAAGAAGCAAAAGCUCCUGCUAAGCUUAAUUGUUGGUUGAGGAAAUGAUUUUUGUAAAUUUUUUGCUGUCCCUAGGAAAAAAUUUUAACCAGGCACCUAUAGCUAGAGAAGAGAAAAAGAAAAUCCUCCGUAUUUAACAAAGAUAGCAUUGCCAUGAAACUGAGACUGUCAUCCAAAUAUUAGAAACCAUUUGUUGUCAAUGUUAUUCUGUACUCAAUCUUGCUAAAAUAGCAAUUUAGUAAGCGAUCAUUCUAAUAAACUUAGGUUUUAACUU